UUAUUUUUAAAGUAGUCUUGUGUUGGCAGUGGCACUUCAAUUCAAAUUUGUAUUUCUAUUAGAAAAUCAUAUUUUUUUUCAUCGAUUAAUACAAAAUAAACAACAUUGUAGAUAAGAAAAAUCUAUUUUAUAAAAUGGUUUUACAAGUUUUGAAAAGCUCAUGGACAAUACGUUCGGUGCAGCAGUUGAAUAGAACCAAGUGGGCAACAACGUUGGUUCGUUCAAUGGCGACGGAAAAGGGUGUCAGGAUUGAGUCCGAUACAUUUGGUGAGUUGAAGGUGCCCUGUGACAAGUACUAUGGUGCUCAGACAAUGCGAUCGAUGAUCAACUUUCCCAUUGGUGGCAGAACCGAAAGAAUGCCAAAACCUGUGAUCCAAGCAAUGGGAGUUCUGAAGAAGGCAGCCGCUGAAGUUAACAAGGAAUUCGGUUUGGAUCCAAUAAUUGCUGAUGCAAUUUCAAAAGCAGCCGAUGAUGUUAUUUCAGGAGAACUCUACGAAGAGCACUUCCCUUUGGUUAUUUGGCAAACUGGUUCUGGUACUCAGACGAACAUGAAUGUGAACGAGGUGAUCAGCAAUCGUGCCAUUGAAAUUUUGGGCGGUGAACUUGGUUCUAAGAUGCCUGUGCACCCCAACGAUCAUGUUAACAAGUCGCAAAGUUCAAAUGACACCUUCCCCACUGCCAUACACAUCUCCAUUGCCCUCCAAUUACAUAAUAAUUUAAUACCAGCAUUGCAGAUUCUUCAUGACGGUUUGCAAAAAAAGUCUGAGGAAUUCAAGGAUAUCAUUAAAAUCGGUCGUACUCAUACCAUGGACGCUGUGCCACUCACUCUUGGUCAAGAAUUCAGUGGAUAUGCCCAACAGAUGAAAUAUUCCAUUGAAAGGAUUAAUUCAGUUAUACCACAUAUUUUGCAGCUGGCCUUGGGUGGUACUGCUGUCGGAACAGGUCUGAACACUCGCAUCGGCUUUGCCGAGAAAUGUGCAGAAAGGAUAUCUGAACUCACUGGGUUGCCUUUUGUGACUGCUCCCAAUAAAUUCGAGGCGCUCGCUGCCCGAGAUGCUACUGUGGAAGUUUCAGGAGCCUUAAACACCAUUGCUGUUAGUCUGAUGAAGAUUGGAAACGAUAUUCGUUUCUUGGGGUCAGGCCCACGUUGUGGUCUUGGAGAACUCAUGUUGCCUGAAAAUGAGCCUGGUAGCUCAAUUAUGCCUGGCAAAGUCAAUCCCACUCAAUGCGAAGCUCUUACAAUGUUGGCCGCUCAAGUGAUGGGUAAUCAUGUCGCAGUGACAAUUGGAGGAGCGAAUGGACACUUUGAAUUAAAUGUAUUCAAACCCCUUGUCGUGUCUAAUACUCUUAGAUCCAUUAGACUUUUAGCUGAUGGAGUCAGAACAUUCAAUUCAAAUUGUGUACGUGGUAUCGUUGCUAAUCGUGACCGUAUUGACAAAAUUAUGAAUGAGUCCCUUAUGCUUGUAACUGCACUUAAUCCACAUAUUGGUUAUGACAAUUCUGCUAAAAUUGCCAAAACAGCACAUAAAAAUGGAACAACGCUUAUGGAAGAAGCCAUCAACUUGGGUUACUUAACAAAAAAGCAAUUCGAGGAAUGGGUUAAGCCAAGUGACAUGUUGGGACCUAAGUAAAUGAAAAUUUUCUAUGACAUCCAAGCUAAAUUAUAAAUGAAAGCAACAAUUAAAUAAAAAAACAGAAAAUAAAUCAAAAACAAUAAUCGAGUUAUUGUUUCUUUUUAAAAAUUUA